GGAGCAAGAAUCCUCUCCGGGGUUUACUUCACCAGCUCCACCAGGAGAACAAACCCCUCGAAACCCGGACCGGACUCCAGUUACUGUGCAACAAUGCGACAGGCGUUUCUGAGGCACGUCCGCCGGUUCCCGUGGGCCACCAACGUGACGCUGUACGGCUGCCUGUUCGCCGGAGGGGACUUCGUGCACCAGUGGUUCUCCCGGAGGGACCAGGUGGACUGGAGUCACACUCGGAACGUGGCCGUCAUCGCGUUCGGUUUCCACGGCAACUUCAAUUUCUUCUGGAUGCGGUUCCUGGAACGCCGUUUCCCCGGCAACUCCCUCAGGAUGGUGAUGAGGAAGCUGCUCCUGGACCAGACCACCGCGGCGCCGCUGGCCACCAGCGUCUUCUACACAGGUGUCAGCUUCUUAGAGGGCAAAGAGGACAUCUUUGAAGACUGGAGAGAAAAAUUCCUAAAUACAUAUAAGACGGGGCUAAUGUUCUGGCCAUUUAUGCAGUUUGUGAACUUUGCCUUGGUGCCUCUAUACGUGCGGACCACCUUCACCGGCUGCUGUGCCUUCGUCUGGGCCACCUUCCUUUGCUUCUCACGCCAGAGCGGAGACGGCACGGCCGGUGCUGCUAUGGCGUGGAUGUUCCCUACUAAAGAAGAUGAACCAGAAGCCAAGGACAAGACAGAUGCUUCCAAAGAGGGAACAGUAGCAUCUAAACCUACUUGGGUGUCUCCCAAGUCCUCACAUCUCUGCCAGCACUGCGCAUGCGCCCUGCAUCCUUCUCUCCAUCCUUACGUCGAGGGACUUGACAGCUCGGAUAAAGAUGCUCAACGUCUCGGGUCGCUGGAGCCUAGUCACCGGAAAUCUUUCUCGGACACCGAGCGUGCGCUCAGGAGCUACGGCGCCGUGUCGGAGACGGCGUGGACAGCGGACAAAGGUCAUUCAGAUGUGUCCAUGGCAGAGAGCACCAUGGCUCCAGAGGAGAUCGAGGUGGAGAUGGCUCGUAUCCAGCGCCUUCGAGAGGUCCUGGUACGCCGAGAGUCGGAGCUGCGCUUCAUGAUGGAUGACAUUCAGCUCUGCAAAGACAUCAUGAGUUUAAAGCAGGAGCUGAGACAGAUUGUCACAGUGCCAGAGAAAGAAAAAAACAAGAAGCACAGGCAGCGGGAAGAAGAGCUGAUCCUGAAGAUUCAUAAACUGGUGCAGAAGAGGGAUUUCCUGGUCGACGAUGCAGAGGUGGAGAGAUUAAGGGAGCAAGAGGAGGACAAGGAGAUGGCCGAGUACCUCAGACUGAAGCUGAUGCCUCUGGAGAAGAAGCUCAAAUGCUCACAAAGUGAACAAAUCCCAGAGCCACCUCCCAACAAGCCAUCCAUCACCAAGUCAGGAGUGGCCGUCAUUAAGGAUUGCUGUGGAGCCACCCAGUGUGCCGUCAUGUAACGGACACGGACCUCUUUAUGAC